UAAUCAUCAGUUGUCGCCUCCAUCGAUCGCAAUAAAUUCUGGCCGGGCUAACGCCUUUUACUGGACUGAUCAAGUCGCAAUUCUGACUCAUCGAUGCAGUCUACGAGCACUGGCAAACGCUCAAAGGCUGAUAAGACACCUACCAGCGAUCGGAAACGCAAGCUCUCCUCUGACCGGCCGUCCGGAGCUCUAUGUGUUCCCACCGAUAACGCCUCGAUUGCCAACGCCAAGCAGCAGACGAUUUCUGAGCUCUUCUCAAAUUCGAAGCAAAAAGCCGCCACUGGCGGGCCUACAACACCAAAGAACAAACGAGCCAGGCUGUGCUCAAUCGACCGAAGCCUGGACGAUCUUCCUUCUUCGCCACCCACAACUUCUCAGGAAGCGCUAUCGCCUGCAAAUAUGUAUAGCUUCAGCAGCAGGAACAGCCUUAAAGAUACAAUAGUAGAUUUGACAGGUUCUCCGACAAGUUCACCACGUAAAAUUGGAAUUAAGAAUGGAGCAAGAGCCAGUAACAACCCGCACGCGGGUCCGAGGAGGAUCGUGGUCAAGAACUUUAAGACACAGUCCAAAGCAGACCCGAAGCAAUAUUUCGAUCAGGUCUGGAAUACUCUAGAUGCUGCUCUAGGACGAAUAUUUGCAGGUCAGAAAAUUGCCAUCUCAUAUGAGGAAUUGUACAAGAGUGUGGAAAAUGUCUGUCGACAAGGCCAUGCUGAGGCAUUGUCCUACAGGCUCUACAAGAGAUGCGAGUUACAUAUGAACGAGACGGUAUAUGCAAGGCUUCUAGAACAAUCUCAUCAAACAAACACAGACGUGCUGAGAGCUGUUUUGGCUGCAUGGGCAACAUGGAAGGCGAAUAUGAAACAAGUUGAAAUGAUAUGGUGUUACAUGGAUCGCUCGUACCUCCUUCCGAAGGGACGCUCUCUCGAGAGUGAUAGCCACGGCAUUUUCCGAACCAAGAUCUUUCACAGCCCUAAGUUCCAGGAGAAGGUUGUCGAUGGAGCUUGUGACCUUAUAAGAGAGGAACGUGACUCAGAGGGCGGAUCAAUGGAUGCAAAUACCUUUGAAAAUGCCAUUAGCAUGUUUCAUGAGAUCAGCGUCUACACCGACUGUUUCGAACCACGACUUCUGGAGCUAUCGCAGACUUUCAUUAUUCAAUGGGCAGCCAAGAUGAGUUCCGAGGUGAAGCUUGCCGAGUAUGUGUCGAGGUCUAUCAGAUUGAUUGAGCGAGAGGCUAGACGAUGUGAUCGUUUCAAUCUCGACUCCUCAACAAAACGCAAUCUCAUGACACUGCUGGAAGAUCAACUCGUCACUGAGCAAGAAUCUAAACUGGUAGAUAAUGAUGCUGUUGCCGACCUGUUAGACCAAAAUGCUAUCGAGGAUCUAAAGCAGCUCUUUUCAUUCUUGCAAAAGCGUAGCCUUGGAGAGAAGCUGAUGCCUGCGUUUGUUGCCUGGGUCGACCUGACUGGAACUGCUAUUGUUUUUGAUGAGAAAGAGCAAGAUCAAAUGGUAGUCAAAUUGCUUUGCAUGAAGCAACAGCUUGACCAUAUCUGGAAAUAUUCGUUCGAAAGGAAUGAUGAGCUGGGCCACGCAAUGCGCAAGACCUUCGAGAGCUUUAUCAACAAGACCCGGAAGACAAAUGCAGCGUGGGGUACAGACAACUCAAAGCCUGAGGAGAUGAUAGCGAAAUACCUAGAUCUUCUACUGAGAGGUGGUUCCAAAGCAAUUCCUGCAAUGCUUUCAAAGUCAGCACCUCGGGCCCAAAGAGAUGAUGAAGACAACGAAGAACAAAUAUUUGACGAAGACUCGGAAGUUAAUAAUCAAUUGGACCAAGUGCUGGACCUGUUCAGAUUUGUUCACGGUAAAGCAGUCUUUGAGGCCUUCUACAAGAAAGAUCUUGCCAGGCGAUUACUGAUGGGCCGAAGCGCCAGUGCGGACGCCGAGAGGAGUAUGCUUUCGAGGCUUCAGACGGAGUGUGGUUCUGGCUUCACAUACAACCUCGAACAAAUGUUCAAGGAUAUCGAACUAUCGCGUGAAGAAUUGGCUUCAUAUAAGACAAUCUCACAGGAGCGAGAAGGAGGCAAGAAGGAGCGCAUCGACCUAUCGGUUAAUGUCCUCUCACAGGCAGCAUGGCCAACAUAUCCCGAGAUUCCAGUCCGAAUACCAAUGGAGAUUAAGACUGCAAUCGACAAGUUUGAAAAACACUACAAGACCAAACACUCGAACAAGAAGCUGGAGUGGAAGCAUGCUUUAGCCAAUUGUCAGCUCAGGGCCGACUUUCCGAAAGGUAGGAAAGAGCUAGUGGUCAGCUCCUUCCAAGCUAUUGUGCUUCUUCAGUUCAACGACCGCGCUAUUGAUGAAAGGCUUUCAUAUGAUUUUCUGAAAGUAGAGACUGGACUUCCCGAUGCCGAACUUAAGCGUACCCUCCAGUCUCUCGCCUGCGCCCGUCUGAGGCCUCUCUCGAAACAGCCGAAAGGUCGUGAAAUCGAUGAAACGGAUACGUUCACGAUCAAUGCCUCGUUCACUGACCCGAAAGCCCGCGUCAAGAUCAAUACCGUGCAACUCAAAGAGACUGCCGCCGAGAAUAAAGAAACACAUGAGCGCGUACAUGCCGACCGCCAGUUUGAGUGCCAGGCAGCGAUUGUGCGUAUCCUGAAGUCGAAAAAGGUUAUUGGGUAUCAGGAUCUGAUUGCGGAAACGAUAAGUGCGACCGCUAAGAGGGGGGCCAUGAGUGUGGCAGAUAUCAAGAAGAAUCUGGAUAGGCUUAUUGAGAAGGAGUACUGUGAGCGAGCGGACGACGGGGAAUUGCAUUAUUUGGCGUGAGUGGGAGAGAAUUUGUAAAGAAAGUAAAGUGACCGGCAGGCACUUUGUGUGAGUGUGUGCAUGGGGACGGGGCUGUAGAGGUACAUUUGUAGUCCGUACAAACGUUGUCGCAUUAUUGGCAGCGAUUUGUUCCGCCGUACAUACAUAUAUACAUAUCAUACAUGGUGUUGGACUAUUUUCCUCCUGAGCACCACCC